AUUGAUCUUUUUCAUUGUAUCUAUCAAAGAAGAGAUUCUUAAUCAUGAGUGUCUUAAGCAACAAAUGUUUAAUGUUGGUUACUUUAUUAUUUGUAUUUAUGUUAUCAUGUGUUAUGCAUAUUAAUGCUGAUACUCAGACAUGUACCAGCCGUAAGAGUCCUUGUUUUCUUAGGAAACUACCAUGUCCUGCUCAGUGUCCUUCAAAAUCACCAUCUAACCCAAAAGCCAAAGUUUGUUAUCUUGAUUGUGAUUCUCCUGUGUGUAAAACUCAGUGCAAAAGUCGUAAACCGAACUGUAAUGGUCGAGGAUCUGCAUGCUUGGACCCUCGAUUCGUCGGCGCAGAUGGCAUUGUUUUCUACUUCCAUGGAAGAAGGAAUGAGCAUUUCAGCUUAGUAUCAGAUGUCAACCUUCAAAUCAAUGCUCAUUUUAUUGGCCUUAGACCAAAAGGGAGACCAAGGGAUUAUACUUGGAUUCAAGCAUUGGGAGUCCUACUUGAUUCCCACAAUUUUUCCAUUGAGGCAACCCCAUCAGCAAUUUGGGAUGAUGAAGAUGACCAUUUGAAGCUCACUUAUGAUGGAAAGGAACUUGUUAUCCCAAAAGGUCACCUCUCUUCAUGGCAAAGCCAAGAAAAUCAACUUCGAGUCGAGAGAACGUCAAACAAGAAUAGUGUCAUUGUUACACUCCCAGAAGUCGCUGAAAUAUCCAUCAAUGUGGUGCCUGUCACUAAGGAGGAUAGUAGAAUCCAUAACUAUCAGAUACCUAAUGACGAUUGUUUCGCUCAUUUGGAUGUGCAGUUCAAAUUCUACGAUUUAUCGUACAAAGUUGAAGGAGUUCUUGGAAGGACUUAUCAGCCGGAUUUUCAAAAUCCGGCGAAGCCAGGCGUGGCAAUGCCGGUAGUUGGAGGGGAAGACAAGUAUAGAACCUCGUCGCUUGUUUCUGCGGACUGUCUUGCUUGUAUAUUCUCUCCUGCUAAAGAUUAUGUGCAGGAAGGUUUGGAGAUAGUAGAAUAUGGUAAGAUGGAUUGCACUGGUGGUGCAAGCAGUGGUAAUGGUAUAGUUUGCAAAAGAUAAAUUUGGAAGUUUUCGUUGUUCUUUUUAUCAAUGAUUGAAUGUUGUAACACUAAGAAAAAAUAUAUUUGUUUUGUAACCAUAUUUCCUUUUGAAUAAGAAGUGUAUUUCUUUGUUUGUUCAUGAAUGAUUGAAUAUUGUGAUUAUAUCAAAGGCUUUCUCAAUUCAUACCCUAUGAUAUCAUGCAUAAAUUCAUUGUUGAAACUUGUAAUUAUGAAAACAUCUUGUAUUGGAA